AUGCGCGUAGCUAGUCGCCACACUACUAUAAAUAUGAUAGAGCUCGAAGAACAAGAAAAAAUAAUAACUUCGGGGCGAAGACAGUCUAGAUACAUUUAUGCGAAGGAAAGCAGCCCUAGUAGAAGUCGAAACCUGAGGGAAAACUCCGAGACAGUGGAAGCAACGAAAUCUACUCAGAAUAUCUCGCGUCGACGAAAACAGCUGAUUAGCGAGAAAGGGAUGAGACACAUCUCUAGAAUCACAAAACUCUUAUCGGGAAAUACACAAGCACACCAUGUCAUGGGCCGAGUUGAGGACAUCCGUAUGAAUAUUAUCAUGGAUACACGAGGGGAGUUUAACGUGAUAACUACCAAGGCGAUCGAGAUGAUAAAAGAGACAGGAAAGCUGCUGAAACGAACCACGCAGUCAAAGGAAAUUCCUGCGUAUUUGAAACGAGAGAGGUGGACCAGAAUUGAAGCAGUUCAAGUCCGUACUCAAGUAUUUGGAAGAACUAUUCAGAUAGAAGCAAUGGAGUUGGAAGGUGACGAAGCCUGCGUAAUCCUGGCACGAAACGCUAGAAAACAACUAGCUGACAAGAUCCGGGGAGCAACGAAUGAAACAUCUCCGAAACCAAGAGUCGCAGAAACUAAAAACAAGCGAGAUACUAGUUAUAUAAAUAUACAAGAAUCAUUAGAUAAUCUCGAGAAAACAUUAGAUGAUCUCGAAAAAGGCGAUAUGAUAAAAUCAAAAUCAACGAUGCAACGCUCGAAACGAAAUUUGGAUCUUAGACAAUGUGAGCCUGACGAAGAAAAGGAAAUUAAUAAGUCAGAGGAACAACAGUCAGAACGAAAACCUUUACCAGUAAAGAAAAGCUUCUAUAAAUUACAAAACGAAAACAAAUUCAAAGGGCGACAUACAAAUGAAAAGGGAAACAAACAUAUAACACCCUUGGCAAGCCCGGACAACUCAGAAAAUUCUAGUGGAAGCGUCGAAGUAACCAACGAACACGUUGUGAGGCCGGUAGGAGAGAAGACGAUACCAAAAAAUCGCGUAAUCCAUCAGGAAAAACCCCUAAAACUUACCUGCAUUGAGAUAAGCGGAGUAUCGGAGAAGGAAGACCAAGCAACGACGUCAAAAGGGCGAAACGACAAGUACACAAUCGAAACAACAGCGCAUACUGAAAGAAAUAACGCAAAAAUAAAGCGAAAACGAAAUCAAAGCAGUCCAUGCGUAGAGGAUGAAAAGUUAGCAAAAAAGCUAAAAGAGUGUAACGGAGUGCAGACGGUGCCACCCAAAAGUGCAGAUAAUCUGAAAACCUGCAAUGAUACUCAAGAACACUCAAAACAUAUUGAAACAUUAAACUAUUCGAUUACGAAACAUGAAGACUCAUCGGAAGACGACAUUGACGUCGUGAAAAUCUCAAAUGAAUCAAAGGAAACUAUAAAAUUAAGUGGCGAUGAAACGAGACAAUCACCGAUUCUCAAUAGACAUCAUGCAAACGUAUCUAUAAACUCUUCAGACGAAACAAGAGAUAUAGACUCGGAUUUAGUAAUAUCAGAUAAUGAAGAAGUCAUUAUCGUACAAGAUGACGAAAAUGCGAAAUAUCGCGUUAUGAAAAUAAAUCCAAAUCAUAAUACUAACAAAUGGUUUGUGAAACUAAAAUCAAGGCUUUACGAACACCUUGAACCGAGCUUAACACGCAAAAGAUACGAUUGGAGGAGCGGUCAUGAGGCAGAGCCAAUUAGCGACGCCGAGCGGUCGGACGACCCCAACCAAUCAGAGCCACUGAGCCAGAACAGCCAUGAUACUAUAAAGAGACGCCACGUGGAGAGACAACGAGCACAUGUGAUUGAGCGGUCGACGAGACAACAUCGUGAUCGACAGUUACGCGAAUUCGUUAAGUGUAAGAAACACAGUGCAGUUAGUGAAAUAGCAGGAAAGAGAAAGAGAGAAAGAGAAAUGGAGUUCGAGACGGAAGAGCGUAAGGCUCUGAAACGAGCAACAGCUAGCGUUCUUUAUGAACGACUCAGAGAACGAAAACGAAGAAGAAUCGAGUAUCUUAAAAGUAUUACUUAUGAUAAUAAGGCAUCUCAGGAAAACAUGGAGCCUGAGCAAAUCGAAGAGCUGUUAAAACAAGACGAACAAGAAGCUCGUAAAUUAUACGAGACUUUUAAGAAGAAAAAUGACGAUGCUGUCACAGCAGAUCCAUGCGUGGAUAUUUCUGACAUAAGAGUCAACAAUAGAAUCAUAGCGAAAAUCAAGACAAUGGUCAACAUCGAGAUGAUCGAAGGUCAUUCCAAGCUCGAGAUACCACCAACACGUAUAGUAAUCGAGAUUAUAGACGGACAGAUUACGAUCAAGUCAAGAGAGUGUGGAAAAUUCACAGAUGAGGAACAACCUAACCUCAAAAGUAUAGAUACUGUGACUACACAAGCGAACGAAGAACAACAAGACAUUGACGAAACACAAACAUACGAAGACGAAACAGACACACAAAACAACGAAACACAAACAUGCAAAGGUGAAACAAACAUACAAGACGAACAAACAGAGACACAAAAACAAAUAGAAAACUCUGACAAAGACAACACAGAAAUAGAUAUGAUUGAAAAUCCUAAAGUUCUAUCUGUGACAAGAAAGAAGAAAUCUUGUGUAUUCCAAUCUACAGGAAGCCAAGUGCACGAAGAGCUUAAAGUGCAUAAAAAGAAAGCAAAGCCUCUCGAAUCAGACGAAUCAGAGGAGGAGACGGAGACAUCACCGACACCAUCAGGAAAGGAGCGUAAAUCACCCUCCAAGUCUGAUUUAUCUCCUUUGGCCGGGGUGAUGAAACCGCCUCCAGGAGGUGGUCGAAAGGAAUCUUCCCCGACGCCAUCCACGAGCGCGCAGAAGGACGUUACGAGUGCAGCAACCGGUGCAGCUAGCAGCUCAGCUGAUCGGGCGGAGACGAGAAGACCUGCAAUCAGGUUGGAAAGGUUGCACGAGCGUUCUAAGAAGCGAUAA